AUGGACACGGUGAAGUACGACAGGCAAAUCCGUCUUUUUGGAGUAGAAACACAGGAAAAACUCUGCUCAAUGAAAGUGCAAGUGCUAGGAUCGGUCAAUUUGAUUUCCGCAGAAAUUGUAAAGAAUAUUGUUCUUCUUGGUGUUGGGAAAAUUAUAAUCAGUAGGGAGCUGUUGGAUGAGACAAAAAAGCUAGUUCCUGAUUCACUUCAAUGCAUAAAUCCCGCACUUGAAAUUAUGUUUUUAGAUUUUCCAACUGAAUGUGACUUUACUUUUAAUAUCGACAUUGAAAGCAGAAAUAAGUCAAGUUUCUAUUUUGUUUGUUCAAAAUGUUUGUCAAUUAAUGCCGAAACACACAUCCACGACUGUGUCCCACUGGAAACGGAUCUUUUGGAAGUUAAAUACUGUCUGGUUGGGGCACUUGCCGUUCAGGAGUUUAUCAAAUUCAUACAAGGCAAGGAUUCAGUCAAAUCAUACAAAGUAAAUUUUUAG